AUGGUGAAGUCAAUACGGAUUAGGUCAAAGGAAUAUUGGGACGCAGACAUCCCUGCAUACGAUCGUAGUGGUGAGUUGUUUACAGUAACUAUGUGGUAUGGUAGAACAUUUCAAACAAAAGGUUUUGUGUAUUAUCAAGGAGGGUCUAAAAUGACAUUUGAUUUCGUCCAUAUGAGGUCCUUGAAUAAUUCCACAUUGAAGAAAAUGUCUGACAAAUUUGGUGUUGUUGGUAGUAAUAAGUACUUCUUAUUGAUUGGUUUGGGUUUCAAGCCACUACCUGAUGAUGAAGACAUUAAAAUAAGGGCUUUGUGUCAUAAAUAUGGUUGUAGAGAAAUGACUUUGUAUGUUGAAAAUGAAGGUACAUUCAGUCCUUCUAGUUUGUCCUUGGAUGGGGGAUGGAUUAAUUUUGACUCUGAUUCUGAGAGUGGGAGUGAGUCUGAGAGUGGUUCUGAGAGUGGGAAUGGUAGUGGUGCUGAGAGUGAAAAUGAGAGUGAAAAAAGUGAAAAUGAGAGUGGGAAGGGCAAUGGUUCUGAGAGUGGGAAGGGUGGUGAUUGUGAGAAUGAAAAUAUUGAAAAUGAGAGUGGGAAGGUUAGUGGUUCUGAGAGUGAAAAAAGUAAAAAUGAGAGUGGGAAGGGCAAUGGUUCUGAGAGUGGGAAGGGUGAAUUUAGAUGUGAAGAAAAUGAAAAUGAACAGAGUGAACUAGAGAGGCAAGAAGAUGAGGAUGAUUUUCUUGAUAGUGAUUAUGAUUUUAGAAAUAGUAGUAGUGAUGAUGAUGAUGAUGCAUUGUUUAGUGAGAAUGUGGAUGCAGGGGCUAGUGGGGGGGAAGAUGGUGAUUCUAGUACUGAUAGUNAGAUGGAGAUUCUAGUACUGAUAGUGAUGAUGAUGUGGUUGAGGAAUGUGUAUAAGGGGUUAAUACUAGUCACAAAUGGUCCUUCAUUGUGGAAACAGACCCUUUUUGUUCCUCCUUUACCUCCCAACUUUGGGAGGGGUGCUGGCAGGCCUUCAAAGGCAAGAAGAAGAGAUCAAGAAGAGCCUAAAAAGAAAGGGAAAAAGAGGAGAGGGAAACAACCAAUGAAAAUGAAGAGGCAACAGCAACUCUUGAAAGAAAAAGAGCAAGAACUGCUGCUGCUGACAAAGAAUCCUACACUUUUGCCACCAGUGAUAAGGCAUGACGAAGAAAAUGAGGAGUUGCAGUCAUUGUGUGAACUCAUUGAUGAGUAUGAAAUCCCUAGAGUUGCCAAUCAGCCCGGGUCUACCCCUUACCAACAGCUACAGAGUUCAAUGCAAUCAAGAGAUGAAAACUAA